AUGGCGGGCAGCCCGGUCGCUGACGGCGACCGCAAGGCUCUCCAGAAGCAUGCCGAAGAACUCCUCGAGCUCGAGAACGAACGAGACCUCGCGCAAGCCAUCCUCGAAUCCCUGGAAGACGACCAGCUCGACGCCCAAGCGUACCGCGAGCAAAAGAAGCAGUCCCAGGACGAGCUCCGAGCCGCGCAGAAGAAGGUCGAGGAUAAGAAGCGACAGAAGCAGCAGCUGGAGUACCGAAUCCGAGCGAACAAGGACGCACGCAAGUCUUCGAACGGCAAAGGCACAUCUGCCUCUGGCGGCAAUAUGAACUACUUGGAUGGUUGGGGUCAACAGCUGUCUUACAGGCCGCCUCCGGCAGCCAGCUCGUCAUUCGCGCAAGGCGUGCCCAGAACCCCGGGUGGCAUGUCCUACCUGAGCAAUGGCUAUCACGGAACGCAGUCUUUCGGCAACUCAGGUCGGUCAACGCCCGUUAACAACAAGAGACCACACGAGGCUACCACCCUCGGUCUCUCCAGCCCCGGCCGAAGCAAGUCUCAGCGCAUCGACGACGCGGCGGACAUCAUCGACCUUACUGGGGACGAUGAUGACGUCUCUGCGUCGGUCUCGCGCUCAAGACAAAGGCAGCGUCAGUCUCAGACAGGUCGACCUUCGGCCGCUACUGGCUGGUCGAGCGGCCCCAUGGGUAACGGAUCUGCCCCAAUGCCGUUCGGAUCGGGAGCCACUCCCUUUGGGCAAGACCUCAGCAAUCAGAUGACUUCAUCAUAUCUCUCCGGCUUUCCAGGAUCGAACUCCGGCUUUCCCAGUGGAAACGACUUCUACGGGCUUCAGCCCACGUCGAGUUCGACGCCCAGUCCCGGCCUCGAUGAUAUGGGAUUCAUGCCUGGGACUUUCCCGUCGGAUGAAGAUGAUGAUCCGUUUUCGUCGUUCAUGCCUGCCAGCCAGCUGCGCAGCUCCCACUCUUCGUUCCCUCAGUCCUCUCUCAGUACCGCCGAAGUGAUCAACAGAACUAGGAAUUUCAACUUCAUGGACUUGACUGAUGGAUCCGGAAACCCGCUGGAUGCCCGCGUUGCAUCGAUCAUGCAAGAUAUUCACGAAGAUCCCCGCAAGUCUAGGGAAGAGGUCGAGGCGCUUCUGAGAAACGUGCAUGCAGGCAUGGAGAUCCCCGAGGAGGACCGCGAUGGAACGCCGGAAGCAAUGAGAUACCCGCUGUACGCCCACCAGAGAGUCGCUCUCACGUGGAUGAAGCGUCAGGAGAACGGCUCCAACAAGGGGGGCAUUCUUGCUGAUGACAUGGGUUUGGGAAAGACCAUCUCCGUCUUGUCGCUGAUGGUAUCAAAUAAAGCACCUUCCGACUCCCCUUGCAAGACAACUCUCAUCGUGGCACCCUUUUCUCUCAUUAGGCAAUGGGAAGAUGAGAUCAAGAAGAAGCUCAAGACGACUGCGGGCCACGCUUUGACAACGUUCGUUUACCACAGCACGCACAAGAAGAAGGCAACGGAACUCAUGAAAUUCGAUGUCGUCCUUACCACUUACGGAACGCUGGUUGCCGACAAGAAGAAGAUAGCAGCCUUCUGGAAGGAUAACGGAGACCGACAAGUCAACACCAAGACGGACCCCACCCUCGCCAGUUCGGUCUCUUUCUUUCAUCCCAACUACUCGGUAUUCUAUCGCGUCGUUUUAGACGAGAGCCAGGGAAUCAAGAACAGCAAGACUCAGGCCGCUAUAGCUACUGCCGCGUUGCAAAGCAAAUACCGCUGGUGUCUGUCCGGCACUCCUAUGAUGAAUGGCGUCGACGAACUCUACUCCCUUUACAACUUCCUCAAGAUCAAGCCGUACUGCAUUUGGAACAAUUUCCGCAUAGCUUUCGGUGUACUCUUUGGAAAGAAGGGUGAUCCCAAAGCUCAGGCCAUGCGAAACUUGCAGGUCCUCCUCAAGGCAACGAUGUUGCGACGGACCAAGACCUCGGAGAUCGACGGCAAACCAAUCCUGCAGUUGCCAGAGAAGACCGAAGAAGUCGUCUAUGCCGAGUUGGACGAAGAUGAGCGCAAGUUCUACACAGACUUGGAGACCAAGUCGCAGGUGCAGAUCAACAAGUAUCUCAGAAAGGGUACUCUGGGCAAGCACUACUCCCAUGUGCUGGUACUACUGCUUCGCUUGCGUCAGUCUUGUUGCCAUCCGCAUCUGCUCCUGGACUCGGACGAGGCGGUUCCCGAGGUGGACGACCAGAUGCUCGAGCGAGUGAAGAAGCUCUCAAAUGCCGUCAUUACGAGGCUUCUCGAAAAGUCUCGCGCACUCGAAAAUUCCGACGCUAUUGACGAAGGAUUCGAGUGUCCUAUCUGUUACGACAUGAUGCCCGACCCUACCAUCCCACUCCCCUGUGGACACGAGCUCUGCGCAGGAUGUCUGAAGCAACACGUCGACAACGUGAAACGCGAGAAUAUCCGGAACGGCGAGGAAAAUAGCCAGGUUAAGUGCGCCGUGUGCAGAGGCCCGCUGGAUCCGUUGAACAUCAUCACGUUCUCGGCUUUCAAGAAGGUUCACAUGCCCGAAGAAUCAAGCGGAAGCUCUGGCGAGGAUGACGAGUCUGAUGGCUCUGUCUGGAGCAGCGAAGAGGAAGAUGCCGCUGACGAGGACGACGAGGAUGACGAGGACAAUGAGGAAGUCGACAAGAACGGCGAUCUCAAAGACUUCAUCGUGUCGGACGACGUCUACAACAAUAUUAGUGACGAUGACGAUGACGAAUCGUCUGACACCCCGCGGCGCACCCCGCAGCCCAAGCCAAAGGCUAAGAAGAAGGGUAAAAAGAAGAAGCUCUCAUCGCCCAGCAAAGAGGAGAAGAAAAGGUUGAAGAAGAUCAAGGGUUCGAUGUUGCAUUCACUCCGCAAGGAUGCGAAGAAGAACGCCACUGCCUGGCGCGAUUACACCAGGUACCUCAGUCAUCACUGGCUCAGCUCGGCGAAGGCCAGAGCAUGCAUGGACCUCCUCCGGAGGAUCCAAGAGACCGGCGAGAAGACGAUCGUAUUCUCUCAGUGGACCAUGCAGCUGGAUCUUCUGGAGGUUGCGAUCAAGAAGGAAGGUCUUAACGUCAAGCACUGCCGCUACACGGGUGAGAUGACCAUGUCACAGCGCGAUGACUGCGCCUUCAAAUUCACGAGCGAUCCCUCGAUGAAGGUGAUGUUUGUCUCGUUGCGCGCCGGCAACGCAGGUCUCAACCUCGUUGCAGCUUCAAACGUGGUCAUUAUGGAUCCGUUCUGGAACCCCUACAUCGAGAUGCAGGCUGUGGACCGAGCUCACCGGAUAGGUCAACAGAGACCGGUCAAAGUCUAUCGCAUUCUCACCCAGCAGACGGUCGAGGACCGUAUCAUCCAGCUUCAGGAGAAGAAGCGAGAAACCGUCGAUGCCGCUCUGGAUGAGCGGGAGGGCGCCAAGUUGGCUGGUCUCAGCAUGACUGAGCUGCGCUUUUUGUUCAAUCUCUAA